AGAGACAAAGGUGUUGAGAAAAGAUGGCUUCAAUUUCUGCAGGGCCUGAUCUGAGAAUCGUGAUGAUUGGGAAAACUGGUGUGGGGAAGAGUGCUGUUGGAAACACCAUUCUGGGAGAGCGUCAAUUCAACUCUCGUCCCUGUUCAGAGUCAGUGACUAUCUCCUGUGAUAAAAGUGAGAAACGCUUUGGUAGCAGAAUGGUGAGUGUGAUAGACACACCUGGGAUCCUGGACACAAAGGUCUCCCAAAAAUUCAUCAAAAAAGAAAUAGUGAGAUGCAUCAAAGUCUCAUGUCCUGGUCCUCAUGUCUUCCUGCUGGUCAUCCAAAUUGGUCGAUUCACCAAAGAAGAGAAAAACUCUGUGGAGGCCCUGCAGAAGCUGUUUGGUCCAAAAGCAAACCAGUACAUGAUUGUGCUGUUUACCCGCGGUGGUGAUCUUGGAGACAUGACCAUACAAGAGUAUGUACGUGAAGGCAGUGAAGACCUUCGUAAAGUCAUCCAAAGAUGUGGAGGCAGGUUCCACGCCUUUGAAAACACCAAGAAAGACACAACUCAAGUCGUGGAGCUGAUCAAGAAGAUCGACGACAUGGUGGCAGGAAACGGGGGAUCAUGUUACACGAAUGCCAUGUAUCAAGAAGUGGUUGAAAAGGGCAACAAGAAUGAAGAUGAAUAUAACUUCAUUAAUGAGCUGUGGAGAAACAUCCAGGCUUUUCUACAAAUUCUUACAAGAGAAUAAAUCACUAUAAUCAAUGGCCUCAACACACAAGCUUACACAUAUCCAGUGUAAAAAGAAGUGUAUUUUACUUUAAUGGUCAGAUGACAAUAUUAAUAUUAAUAACUAGUUAGA